AUGAAUCGAAGUGAUUCGUUUGAGGGAGCACACACUGGUGAUCCGGAGAAGGAUUUGGCUUAUGAACGCGAUCAUGCUAAACGAGAAACCAGCGACGAAAGUAUUCCGGAUGAUGUUGUUGAUUAUCUUGUUUAUUUCAAACGAAUGAUUGAUCAACAAAAUCUCAAUGAGAUCCAUAAUUUAUAUGAACAUGGCUUUCCUGACUUAACUGAGCGUUUUUUCCAGCAACGUCUUUGGCCAAAUGAAGAAGUUGUGGCACGUAUUAUUGGACCAGAACCAGAAAAUCGUCUUUUUAUGAUACUAUAUCGAGAAUUAUAUUUUCGGCAUGUCUAUUCUCGUAUGCAGCGAGGACCAUCAUUGGCUCACCGUUAUGAUUCUUAUCAAAAUUAUCAGGAUCUUUUCUGUGAAAUCCUGACACCAAAUGAUGCUCCUUUGUCUCUUCAGUUACCAAAUAUCUGGUUAUGGGAUAUUAUUGAUGAAUUUGUGUACCAAUUUCAAGCAUUUUGCCUUUAUAAAGCAAAUCCUAGUAAACGAAGUCCAGAAGAGUACGACGAUUUGUUGUCUAUAGAACAAAAUCAAACGGCUUGGAAUAUAUAUCCAGUUCUAAAUAUCUUAUAUUCUCUUCUUGCAAAGUCACAAAUCGAUCAACAACUUGUUGCUAUACGAGAAGGAAGAAAUCCUGAUGAUGUGGCUGACGAGUUUGGACGUUCUGCACUUUACUUCAAACUUGGUUACUUCUCAUUAAUUGGAUUGCUUCGCACACAUGUUCUAUUAGGAGAUUACCAUCAAGCGUUAAAAACUGUUGAAAAUCUGGUUUUUCAUCCAAAAGGUCUUUAUAACACAGUGCCAUCAUGCCUUGUUACUUUGCACUAUUUCGUUGGUUUUUCUCAUAUGAUGAUGCGAAAUUAUGGCGAUGCUACGAGAAUAUUCGUUAAUUGCUUGUUAUAUAUACAGAGAACAAAAAAUAUACAACAACAGCAUCAAACCCAGAAGAAAAAUUUCCAAUAUGAUGUGAUUGGAAAAACUAAUGAUCAGCUUUAUCAUCUAUUGGCCAUUUGUUUAACGCUGCAACCGCAGCGUAUUGAUGAUUCAAUUCAGUCGCAGUUAAUCGAGAAAAGUGGUGAUCGCAUGAAUCGAAUGAGUAAUGGUGAUAUUGAUGAGUUUCGACUUGCUUUUCAGCAGGGAUGCCCGAAAUUUCUUUCACCAACUACUGUCGUUUAUGAUGGGCCAAAUCAAGCUAAGGAACCAUUAAUUCGUCAAUGCAAUGCAUUCUUAGAAGGAAUAGAAUCUCAAAUAAUGUUGCCAAUCCUUCGUGGUUAUUUAAAAUUAUAUACCACACUACCGACAAAGAAAUUGGCCAGUUUUAUGGAUAUUGCUGAUGGUGACUACGAUUCGUUCAUUGGCAAAUUAUUGACUUUUAAGAUGAUUGUUAGUGAAUUGGGUAAAGAAGGUAUGGAAAGGGCUGAAUUUGAUGAUUCUACCACUGAUUUAGAUUUUUAUGUGGAUAAGGAUAUGAUCGUUAUUGCUGAUACAAAGGUUGCACGACGUAUUGGUGAAUAUUUCAUAAAGCAUAUUCAAAAAUUGCAAGAUGUAAGUAAAAUUAUUUCUGAACAAUUUUCUAAUUUGUUUAAUUUUUAUUAUCUUUGCGAUUAG